AUGAUUGUAAUUUUCGAUUUGAUAAAUGUUUUGAAGAACAAAAGUUCAAAAUUAGAAAGCGGAAAGACUCGUAGCGUCGGCAACGGAUCAUCUAAUAUCCAACAACGACCUGAUAUUAAUAUUCAUAGAUGCUCUAUAAAAAUGGGAUCUAUUGAAGAUGAAAUAGAAUCUUACGGUGAUGAUGAAUUAAGAGAAGUGUUGUUAAGAAGAGUAAAAAGUUGUAAUAAUAAUGUAGUUAAGCAUUGUGCUGAAUCAAGAGAAAGAAGAACAAAAAGUUGGGAUCAAUUAAUUAGAAUUAGUAGAGAGUUUAAUAAAGAACAAGAUUGUGCAGUCAUCAAGAAGAUUGAAAAAGAGAAAAGGGUCAGCAUUAUCGAAAAUAGGAACACAUUCGUGGAAGAAAAAGGAAUUAUUAUUACUCUUGGAAACGUUGAUGGAUCUGAAAAUAGUACUAUUAAAGAUGAUAAUACUCAUCCAUUUGAAUGUGUGAGCAAAGAGAAAGCUCCUCUGAUCAUUCAAACUUACAUUUCUUGUCUUUCUGAUAUCGAAAAAGAGCAAUUGAUUGCUGAAGACAUCAUAUUUGCUAAUUCUUCUCGUCCGUUAUUUAAUUAUCCAAAAUAUUUGCAAAGUUAUGAAUCUCAUCAAAUUCGAUUGGCUAUAGAGAGAUGGCUUCGGUCUCUUAGAUCUAAUACUAGAAAUUUAGGCGAAAAAACACGUUUCACUUAUCAACUUUUAGGAAAUUUCAUCUUUAGUAAUUGUUAUAAUCUUAGAGAAUUAACCUAUCAUUGGAACGAAGAGUUUAACACCAUCAAUUUAUUGGACAUUACGUCGUUCUCUGGUUUUCGACAUGCCAUUGGUUCUCUUAGAACGUUCAAGUUUGAAUAUUGUUGUCUUCCUACUCAAAUUACCGGUAAUUUAUUUGUUGCUAUAUCUCAAUGUACUCGUAAUAUUCAUCAUCUCUCGAUUAAUACUGAAAGCGAUUUACGUACUGAAAUCACAAAAGCAAUAUUACAAUUUAUACAAUCUCAAUCAAACAUCAAAAUCCUUUCGAUUAACAUGUAUUCUGAUGAAGAUACAAAAACAAAAGCACUAUAUAAAGCAAUCCAAUUUCAUUCUCAUUCCCUAACUCAUCUCAAGUUGGAUGGUGUAAAUGAAUUUAAUCAAUUGUUGAAAUUAUUGAUGAAAUGUAAAAAUUUACAAACUUUGGAAUUAAGAGGAUUUGAUCCUGAAGAUAUUCCUGAUCUUUUUGAUUUGCCGAUAACUUUUAUUAAUAUUCGAGAUCUAUAUUGCAUGCCAUGCAUGCCUCUCAGACAUGAUAUUAGUCCAACAAGUCAAAUACAUAUAAUUUCUCUUAUUCAACUCCUAAAGAUGAGCAAUCAAAAUCUUAAAACUUUUACUUUUCUGUCUAAUGUCACACCUGAACUAAUGAAAGCCAUUGAACAUCAUUGUCCAAAUCUUACGCAUUUAUCUAUAGCUAUAUUAAGUGAACAUUUUAUAGAUUUCUAUUCUUUACUUUCAGGACUACCAAAACUUGAAACUCUCUCUUUAAAAAUUUAUCCUGAAACUUUAGUAUCUUCAAUUUUUUCAAUUCAAGAUUUUACAGACUCUAUUCCACCAACAUUAAAAAGUUUUGGCAUUAAUUUUCAUAUUCCUGUGGAAACUUUGGAAACCUUAUUAUCCAAGUUACAACGAUGUAGUGCAAAGAUCUCGAUGUUAACUUUUUAUAGUAGUCUUAUGGUUACGGAUGAAUAUUUAAGAAUAAUCACUCGCUACGCUCAAGAUUGUGGUGGCCAUUUUCGUGAAUUUAGAUAUGUUACCUCAAGGCAAAUUGGUUCGGAGUCAUUUUCAUCAGAAGAAUUAAAAAAAGCAAAAGGUUCAAUUCCUAUAGUUGGUGUCGCGGAAUCUUUUUAUACCCCUUUUUAUGGUAAGAAUUAUAACCUUUUACUUUAA